CUCAACAGAGGGCGCAUCAGUAUCGAGAAGAAAGGAAACAUGGCGGACGCAGCUGAAGGAAAAUUGGUGAAAAUGGAGGUGGACUACAGCUCCACUAUGGAUGAAAAGCUGCCAAAAUGUGAGCAGUUAGUGAAGGAUGGUAAGCUUAGUGAAGCUAUUGAUACCCUUCUAGCCCUUGAAAAACAGACCAGAACUGCUGCUGACAUGCAUUCCACAUCCAGGAUUUUGGUUGCCGUGGUGAAGUUUUGUUUCCAAUGUAAUGAAUGGAAUGCUCUCAAUGAGAAUAUCAUUCUGCUUACUAAAAGGAGAGGACAACUCAAACAGGCUGUUACCAAGAUGGUACAAGAGGCUUAUACAUACAUUGACAAAACACCUGACAUGGAAACAAAACUGAAGCUUAUAGACACAUUGAGAACAGUCACUGCAGGGAAGAUCUAUGUUGAGAUCGAGAGAGCAAGAUUGACAAGGAUCCUAGCAAAGAUCAAAGAAGAUGCUGGGGAGAUCGAAGAAGCUGCCAAUGUUCUCCAGGAACUUCAGGUUGAGACUUAUGGUUCUAUGGAAAAGAAAGAGAAAGUUGAGUUCAUCCUUGAGCAGAUGAGACUCUGUAUAGCCAAGAAAGACUACAUCAGAACACAGAUCAUCAGCAAGAAAAUCAACCUGAAGUUCUUUGAUGAGAAAGACUCUGAGGAUUUGAAGCUGAAAUUCUACAAGUUGAUGAUAGAGCUGGACCAACAUGAAGGAUCGUAUCUGUCCAUAUGUAAACAUUAUAGAGCUGUGGUAGACACACCAACCAUCAAAGGGGACAGCCAUCUACGAAAUGAGGCUUUGAAGUGUAUGGUCUUAUACCUGUGUCUAUCACCUUAUGACAAUGAGCAGAAUGAUCUCAUACACAGAACCAAGGAAGAUAAAUUACUAGAAGAUCUUCCACUAUAUAAACAACUGUUGAAGCAGUUCAUCACACAAGAGAUAAUGCAAUGGGGAGAACUAAGUCGGCUUUAUGAAUCAGAACUCAGACAAGGGUCCCCACAAAACACCGCCACUGAUGUUUUUGCCAAUACUGAAGAGGGUAAUAAGCGCUGGAAAGAUUUGAAAAUCCGUGUAGUAGAACAUAACAUUCGUGUAAUGGCCAAGUACUACACCAGAGUGACUACUAAACGAAUGUCUGAGCUGCUAGAUCUGUCUGAAGCUGAGACUGAGGAAUUCCUGUCUACAUUGGUAGUGAACAAAACAGUAGUAGCCAAGAUAGACCGUCUGUCUGGAAUAGUGAACUUUGCACAGUCUAAGGACCCCAAUGAGCACCUGAAUGAAUGGUCAUACAACACUAAUGCUCUUAUGAACCUUGUUAAUAAAACAACACAUCUCAUCACUAAGGAGGAAAUGAUCCACAAACUGCAUUGAUGUUUUGGAAAUUAUAAAAUUGCUCUAUAUAACUUCAUCAGUGUUUCGUGAACUAAGAUGUUUCAUAAAGUAUAAAGAGGUUUCAUAAACUACAAAAGGGUUUCAUAAAUUACAAAGAU